AUGGACGACAUACCGUACGAAGAGCGUGUGGAAUGGCCUCCACUGGCAGCAUUCAAGAAAGCUGGCGACGGAAGCAGUAGCAAUGGCUCUGACAGACUUUUGCCCCAGCCUCGGCGGAACAAGAGCGACGACCAAAUGGGCCUGAGCCAGGGUGACGGUAUGUACGAAGCGGGCAGAUCACAAACCUACCGUCAGAAUGGCAUCAAGGAAGAUUACCUCGGAAUCGUUCAGUCUUAUCUGUUGGCCGAGGUUGAUGAACAAGACAUUGUUAGCGAGAUCAACAUGGGCAAGCUUCCCGACAGUAUCCGCGACGUCGUCAAUGAAUUGGACAUUGUCGAAAAGAAAGAAGUUGAACGAGAGGGAAAAUAA